GCCAGUCAGAUGUUUGGUAACAUAAAACCCGCCAAGGUCUUGCUGUAGCAAUGUGGUGAUAUUUACCUGUACCCAUCGUCAUUAUUCACUUCCUGUUACACCCAUACCCAAGAUGACCAGCACAAACAACAGACCGUUGCAAAACCAAUCGGUUUCUGAACUUGUCCAUCUCUUCAAUAACAAGUGCAUCGAAAAGAAGAAACUGGGAAGCUAUGGCGCCUCGACGAAAUUCCGUGACAACCCCGACGAUGAUUACUGGAGAAUGCCAGACACCUUCCUCAAGGACCCAGCUCCCAGGGACGAAAUCGAUGAUCUCGACCGGCGAGCUCGGGAGCCCCCUUUCAACUUCGCCAAUGGGCUGCCACCCGACUACCUGGAGUUCCUACGAACAACCAAUGGCAUCUAUGCAAUCGAUAGAGCCGACGACGGAGAUGAGAUCUUCCGACCAGCCCAUCUGGUCGAGCUCAUGGACGAAGAAGACUGGAACUGUGAGCUAUUGCCAAAGGAAAUGCUCGAGGACUGCGAUGUUGAGAUUGACUGGCCUGAGCUGAACGGUCUCAUACAUAUCGGUGCGGGAGGCGAUGAAGGAUAUCACUGGUUGGUGUCGCCACACACGACGAAGGCGGCCAUCGCAGCGUUCGAUGAUGCUUACGACAAGGCAAGCGACGCGGACAAGGAAAAGCUUGAGAAAGCCGCCAAUGAGCUGUACAGUGGUCUGACGGAAAUGAGAAGGUUGGAAUACUCCGUGUUCCGGGUUUACCAUUGGGCGGCGCAGAUUGAAGCAUUUGCGUCGUUCAAGCACUUACUUGAGGAUUUUGUGACUGGGAUGGAUGAAAUUAAGGAGGAAGAUGACGAUGAGGACGAAGAAGGAACUGAGAACGACGAUAGUGACGAGUCUGCGGACAAGGAAACAUAACAAUCUGGU